AUGAACAAAAGCCAACCACAAGAAUUUAUUCAUCAAAAUAGCAACAAAGAAUUUAAAGAUGAUAAUGAUGAAAAAGUAAAAACAAUUAAAACUCAAGUCGGAGUGGAUAAUAUUGCAAUUUCAAAGAGUUCGGAAUAUUCUCUUUUUGAUUGGUUUAAUUAUUGGUUUAGGGGAAUUACCUUGUCUGUUUCAACAUUUGGAGCAGUGAGUAAUCCUCAUAAAUAUAUUGAAAAACAAGGAGAUUUAUUACCUGAUAGGCUGUCUCAUGAUUUCUAUUCGAGAAUUUAUCGAUUUAAUAAGGAGGAGUAUGUGGAUGCUAUUGUAAAUGCAAAAGAUGAUGUACAUGCCCCACUCACUCACAACUAUGAAGAUUGCAUGCAAGCAAGGAGAGGAAUGACAAUAUUUGGAGUCGUCUCGGGUGGAAUUUUUGGAUCUGCCUUUGCCUAUGCAAAGAAUUUUGGUACAAUUACCAAUAGAAAGAGAUAUUUGCCUUAUACAUUGAGUGGAGUGUUGAUUGGAUUUACAAUGUUUAGAUUUGUGAUUGCUCCAAGAACUGAGAGUUGUUUUGAGCAAAUUAUAAAUCAAGCUCUUUCAGAGAGAAUUAUUACAAAGGGAUACAAUAACAUGAUGGAAUACUAUAAACAAAACGAGAAACCAAAGAUGGUGAAUUGGAGUGACUAUGAACUCGAUAAGGAGCAACAGGACUAUCUCAAUACCAAAAUGAGAGAACACAUGCUCAAUGCAAUGAAGAAGGCUGGAUGUAAUAAGGAAAGUAUUGAAUCUUUCACUGAUGGUAAUGAACUGGUGUGGAAGCAACAUUUGGAUGUCAAUUUUAAAAGAAAAUAUCCAUCUCAUAGAAAGUAUUUCGAGUUUUUAUAA